GAUUCGGAGCAGCUCAAAAUGGUGGCGUCGCAGCGAGAUAACUGCAGCUCCCGGAAAAUCGGCGCGGCAGCAGCCUCUAUAGCUCUUGACCUCUCCUGACGAUGUGUGCGGAAAGUUCAAGUUCGUUCGCGCGAAUACGAAAAAAUAGCUGCUUGCUUAUCUGUACAUUAUGUGAUAGAUAACUCGCGAGAGAAUUAGUAGCGCAGCAGAUGCUGGCGAGAUGAUUCUUGUUGAAUAAUUAUAGUCACGAGUCGUUCGCCGUCGCGCCAGGUGCAGCGCGAGAGAAAAUUGCUCUACUUAGACCGAAUCAAAGUCGCGCGGGUACGGCGGGCGCUCAUUCUUACGCAUCAGGCAGUUAUAGAAGCAAAAUCGGAGCCGCGAAUUUUCGAGCAUAGGCGUGCGGACCAGCUGAGCGUCAGCUGCUGGCUCAUGCAAAUUUCCCGCCAGAGGGAGAUUGGCGACACCAUGCAGCGUCGGCAUCGCGAAUUACUGCACACUCGAGUAGAUAAUUUUUGCCAUGAAUUGCCAUGAUGUCGUCCGGGUCUCGCGCAGGCGCAGCUACCGCGGCAUCGGCGAACGCAUGCGUCGCGGCCAGAUAUUGUUGGAGGGGCGUGUAGAAAGGAGGCCAUAUUGUACAGUUAAAUUGAAAGAAAGAAAGGAAAAUACAAUUCGGCCGAGUGUAUAAGCAGCGGCAGCGUCCUCCCCUUGACAAUUGGAUCUCGUGCUCGGUCUACAGCAGCUCCUAAUCGCGGAGCAACAGCCUUCCUCCACGUCUACCGUCUACAGCCUCUGCAUUUCGGAGUAGACGUCGCCGUCGUCGUCGUCGUCGACAACCCUGCUGUGUGCCGUGAGCUGUCUCUCUCGCUCCGCCGCAUUUUGUAUAUAAAUACAGAGAGAGAGACGGGAGAAGCUCGUCGUGUACGUGCGUGAGAGAGAGAGAGAGAGAGAGAGAGAGAGAGAGAAAGAGAAGAGAAGAGAGAGAACUGUGCUGCCGCUGCCAACUUGGUGUGUGUUGUACAGCGCCAGGGGGAGAGAGAGAGAGAGAGACGAGGAGGUUGUUCGCGAGUCGAGAGAUCGGUGCACCGUCCGUCCAAGAAGAAGAGGAGAGUUGUGUACCAGAGAGGCAAGUCGUCGGCGCAUCUGACAAGCUGAAAUGGGCACCCGGGACGACGAGUACGACUAUCUCUUCAAAGUGGUUCUCAUUGGGGACUCUGGAGUAGGAAAGAGUAAUCUUCUGUCACGAUUCACAAGAAAUGAAUUCAACCUCGAGUCCAAGUCCACUAUUGGUGUGGAAUUUGCAACAAGAAGUAUACAAGUAGAUGGUAAAACGAUCAAAGCUCAGAUAUGGGACACUGCUGGACAAGAACGCUACCGUGCUAUCACAUCUGCGUACUAUCGAGGUGCUGUAGGGGCAUUACUGGUUUAUGAUAUUGCAAAACAUUUGACGUAUGAAAAUGUAGAGAGAUGGUUGAGAGAACUGCGUGAUCAUGCCGAUCAGAAUAUCGUUAUUAUGCUGGUCGGCAACAAGUCAGACUUGAGGCAUCUACGAGCUGUGCCCACAGAUGAGGCUAAAACCUUUGCCGAAAAAAAUGGUCUUUCUUUUAUAGAGACAUCAGCUUUAGAUUCGACCAAUGUUGAAACAGCAUUUCAAAAUAUUUUAACAGAGAUAUACAGAAUCGUCUCGCAGAAACAAAUAAGAGAUCCUCCUGAAGGAGACACAAUUCGACCACAAAAUGUAGAACCAAUUGAUGUUAAGCCAACAAUGAGUUCCGAAGGAAUGCGUAAACAGUGCUGCCAGUGACGUGGUGUUUGUUUAUCGAAUGAUUUGCUUUACGAAUGCAGAGAGAGAGUGACACAGAGAGAGGGACGAGAGGAGUGGCGGCCGUUGGUAGAUGUAGCAGGUGCGUAAGCGCACGAGAGCCAAGACUAUGUGUACGGGCCUAUAAUAAUCUCGUAUGCUAGAGAAGGGUUAUUGUCAGCCCCCACCACAGCGAGAGGAUACCGCAGAUUAUCCACACAGACAGAGAGAAAUAUCACAGUAACACACACGCGUGCAAAACGCAACUCUUGGUUCGCCUAAAUAUCGUACCGGUCAACUGUGCGGCUCUCCCCAGAUACAUUGCACGACGGCGUAAUAGCGAGUGAUCUUAAGCAUGCAGACAACACAAAAACGUCAACACAACUUUGCACCCAGAUUAUAAACGUCAUUAUACAAAACGAAUAAUACAAACGGAUGGAAAAACAGCAUACACACACACACACACAAACAUAAACAAAUGCGAGAGAAUAAGUAGAGAUAAAAACCAGACACACGUACACGCGCUGAACAACAAAAAAGGCCCACGCACUCUGUUCUUCUCUUACUAAUGAACCCAGCCCCAACCAAGAAAUAUGAAGUUCGCCUUCUUUACUCCAUCUAUCAUUUCUCCGCCUCUCUCUUCAACUCUUUCUCUGUCCUUUUAAAUCCUUCGCUCAUGUACGCAUACGUAAUAAAAUGUACACAAAGCAUUCGCCUUCGAUGCGUAUGUGAAGCGGACACAUGCGAUAAAAUUACACACUCGGAAUCACACGCGUCACAAACACGAUAUGAGUGUGGAAAAAAUGGUAAAAAAAUGAAUGCGAGGGCAGAUAGAUAUACAUAUAUUAUGUUAUUGAUAAUUAAAUGUUGUAUUACCGCUUCUUUGUAAUACAUAUAAUAAUUCUUCUUCUCAACGCAUAAUGUGAUCAUGAAUAUAUAAACAAUUUGUAAUAUGUAAUAUAUUUAUGACGAAAAUCAGGAAAAAUUAAAACACACGUGGUUGCUGGCCGCCAAGCCGUGCGCAUAAGAUUCUAUGUUCGUGGAUGAGUCGAGAAAAUCCGAGGGGAUUUGUUUUAAUGUGGUUUUAGUGCUCUGCCGUGAGAGAACUAAGAAAUUAUAAUAAUGGAACAGUUAAAAGCAGCCAGGUAGAUAUCAUCCUCCGACCUCCACCCAAGUUGAUUAUCGUCUCGCUCUCACGUGAUCAUUAUGCAAAAGAAACAAGUUCGCGUUUCUGUAAAUUUUGAAAGUAAUUUCAUUUUCAUUUGUGAUACAUUAUGAGUGGCCGAAAUAUAAGAUUACGUUAAUUAUCAUACUUCCUAAUAAUAAAAGAAAACAAAAAAAAAACUACAAUUAAUAACUAAGCGUCACGAGGUCUUUACUCAGUUUUUUACUCGGCGGGCUUAUGAAACACGUUGACUUUUUAGCAAGAAAUUUUUAAUAUUUUUUUUACUCAAUGCGUUGAAGGUUGGCUCUUGGUAAAGUUUUUUGUGAGGAAGAACAACGUCAAUUUCGUGCGGUUCUUUCUAACAGACGACACGUUAACAUGCGAUUUACUCGAAUUAUGAUAAUAGAUUGUGAGAAAUCUUAGGGAAGGAAUUAAAAUUUCAAGAUUUAUUAAAAGUAAUAACGAUGAUAAAAAAUAAAAAAAAUAAACGGGGUGUGACCUCAAUGUUAUAUCAAAUGCAAUGGCCAUUCCCAAGUCUUACGUGCUUAUUUUUUACGAGAGGCUUUAUUGGUUUCUAGAACAAUUGCGAAGUAUUUAUGAGUAAUGGGAAAACGAAGAAUAAGUAAAAGAGAGAAGAAAAAAAGUGAAUCCGAGAGUGUAUCUCUUAUUAUAAUUGCCUUGAACUGCGUGAUGAGACCCAGAACAUUGAUGAUGAAGACGACGACAACGAUAACACGAGGACGAUAUAACAUUAUUUUGAGUACUUGCUGUCUAAAAAAACGAAUAUCCUUUCUACUCGCGCGUAACAGUACAUACACGCGUCGCAUGCUCGCGUGCGCGCGCUACCCGCAUAUUUUAUUCGAGCGAAAUCAAGUAUAGGCAAACUUCAAAUAAAGCAGUAAAAAAACCUUAUUACAUUAGAAAAGCAAAAAAAAAACUUGAAAGCGAGAAAGAAUGCAUUGUAUAAAUUGAGAUGUACUAACGCUUUUGUGCACCCACACGAGAGAUUAACGAAAAAAUUUAAGUAAGUACUUAUCGUAAUGCUUUAGACAAGAAAAAUGCCACUGGGAUGAAUUAAACUCGACGUUAUGAAAACACUAUGUUAUGCGUAAUUCUCUAACCUUUUAUUGUUAAUCGCUAUAUUAUUUAAUAAUCUUUUUUUUAACGAAUCUGUUCAUACAAUUAAUUUUAUUUCGUUGAUCUUAUACACUGAUGGAAAUAAAAGAUUAACGAAAAUUA